AAACUUUUCUCUUUAAUUUUUCCCAAUAUCUAGAAAAAAAAACCUUUCAAUAUUGCUAAAAUGGACGAAAUUGAAACCUUAGCAAAGUCUCUAGUUCUAAGAUUAAAUAGAAAAAACAUCUUCCCCCCAUUGUUUAAUGAACCUGAAUCCUUCGUUCCUCCAAUGGGAUCAAAACCAAAAAAACCUGUUAAUUCAUUUAUUAUAUGCAGACAAAAUGUCUGCAAGGAAGCGAAAACAAAAGGCGCUCAUAACAUGCGUAUUAUAAGCAAGGCAACCAGUAUUUUGUGGAGAAGUGCGACCUCUGGUGAAAGGACCGUAUAUAAAAACAUAGCCAACCGUGUUUGUGAAAUCCAUUUAUUAAGAAAUUCGACUUUAAUUAAUUCAACUACAUAUAUUAAUUCAACUGCAAAUAUUAAUUCAACUGCAUAUAACCAACUUCCUUCAAUUUCCCCAUCUAUUUCUCGUCAACUUCCUUUUCCCUCUCCAUCUUCUAUUUUCGAAACAUCAAAUAUGUUUUUUAACGAUUACAAUGAUCAAAUUAUUCCAUUUAAUUAUGAGGAUUCCGAUGAAGAAUAUCAUUAUCAAUGGAUUUAA